UCAUCAUCAUGGCCAUUCGUGACGUCUAUAUUGCCUCUGUCUGCCGCACUCCCCUUGGUGGCUUCAAUGGCUCUCUUGCCUCUUUGUCUGCUACCAAGCUCGGCUCCAUUGCUAUUGCUGACGCUAUCAAGAAGGUUAACUUGCCUAUCGAUGCUGUUGAGGAAGUAAUCUUUGGCUGUGUUUUGUCUGCUGGACUUGGCCAAAACCCCGCUCGUCAGGCUGCCCUUGGUGCUGGUUUGAAGGAAGAGACCAUUGCCACCACUGUUAACAAGGUGUGCGCUUCUGCCAUGAAGGCUGUCAUGAUGGGUGCUCAGUCAAUUGCACUUGGCAAUGCCGAUGUGAUUGUUGCUGGUGGUAUGGAGUCCAUGAGCAAUGUUCCUUACUAUUUGCCCAAGCAGCGCUUCGGUGCCACUUACGGAAAUGCCGAAGUUGUUGAUGGUAUUGUCAAGGAUGGUCUCACCGAUGUGUACAACGCCUACUUGAUGGGUGUCGCUGCCGAGGAGUGUGCCACUGAGUAUAAGAUCACCCGUGAGCAGCAAGAUGACUUUGCCAUCGAGUCUUACAAGCGUGCCCAGGCUGCAUUUGCUCAGGGCAACUACAAGGAUGAAAUCGUCCCUGUGACUGUUUCUGGCGGUCGUGGCAAGCCCGAUCGUGUGGUUGUUCAGGAUGACGAGGUUGCUAAGCUCAACGAGGAGAAGCUCCGUGCCGUCCGUCCCGCAUUCGUACCCAAGGAUGGUACCGUCACUGCCCCCAACUCCUCCCCUCUUUCUGACGGUGCUGCUGCUAUCGUCUUGGUCUCUAAGGAUGCUGCCGAGAAGUACGGUUUGACCCUUAUUGCCAAGAUCUCUGGCUGGGCUGAUGCUGCUCAGGCACCUGCCCGCUUCACCACAUCCCCCUCCCUUGCUAUUCCCAAGGCUAUCAAGCACGCUGGUCUCAAGGAGUCUGAUAUUUCUUUCUACGAGAUCAACGAGGCUUUCUCCGUUGUCGCAUGUGCCAAUGCCAAGAUCCUCGGUCUCCCUGCUGACAAAGUCAACGUUUGGGGUGGUGCUGUUGCUAUGGGUCAUCCUCUUGGAUGUUCCGGUGCUAGAGUUAUUGUGACCCUUACCUCUGUCCUCAAGCAGAAGGGUGGCAAGUAUGGUGUUGCUGGUAUCUGCAACGGUGGUGGAGGAGCUUCCGCAAUUGUUAUUGAGCGCCUGUAAAAUAAAUAAAUAAAUAAUAACAAUAUAUAUAUAUAUAUAUAAUCCAAAGUCAUUGUACUUUUGGCAGAAACUUGUAGUGCAAACUAAUUUUUUUUAGAAAACCAAAAGUGGCCAUACAAUGUUCACAUUCCCAAUAAAAAUUAAGUAUUAAUAAUAAUAAGUAGCAGCAU